CUGUGGUGGCGUGGGAGGUUGCUGCUCAUCACAAGUGGGUUAGUGGCUAAUCUGCUGUUGACUGUGUGUGUGUGUCCCUCCCCACACAUGAAUAGGAAUUAGUCACCAGAGCUUCUUUAGCCCCUGCAUCCUGCUUUGUUUUAGAUUUGAGAAGGAAAAAAAAAACGAAUGUUGCUCUGGUAGGAGAAGACGGCACAGUGGCAGUCAGGGCUUUCCCUGAUUUCAGAACAGGGGUUAAAAAGAACAGUGAGGGAGAGCGGGCAGGAAAGCAACGACAGAAAGAGAAGAGAAGUGGGACUUCUAGUUGGUGCUCAAGCAGAAGGAGAGGCAGUCAGAAGUGAGAACCGAAAGCUACGACUCUCAUCUCAACUCACUCUGUGGAGGUUUGAGUGAGAGAGUUCACUGACAGACAGACAGACAGACAGACAGUUGGCCAGACGCUCUCUCUGCGUUCCACUCCGCUGUGGCGUUUCAUGAGUUGAGGAGAGGGCAGGAAAGAAUGUCAGACAGUUAUUGGUCGAGGAGGAGAGUGUCUGGCUGACUUACUGAGAGGGUAACGUCAGGUGUUCCUCAGUGAACGACGUGUUAUCUGACUCUGAGGAUAGAAGACACACAGAGACUUCAGAACAGAUUCCGACCACAGAACAGUUUUCUGCCAUUUGCGAAGAUAAAAUCGAAGAAGCACAGAAAGAACUGAAAGAUCCCAAAGCCAGUGCACAGAAAGGGAUCAAUGAGUGUGGUCGAACAAGUGCAGAUAACAUAAAGGGACUGAAGAGGAAAAAGGUUGUGACAGAGAACCAGCUGAAGAAAAUACCCAAAUCUCCUGUGAAGAAGCCCUUGCAGUCCAAGACCUCUGUGGCAACACUCCAAGGUACCUCAUCCAAGGAGGCUGUGAACUCCUGCUCCAAUCCCGACAGCCCCUCUCGAAACCCUGCCAGCUCACCAAGCCGGAACAGAGAUACGGAGUACCUUCGGCCUGUGGCUGAAUCCUCUGAGGGAGUGACAUCAUCCAUUGACAGUGAUAGGCUGAAGCAGAGGGAAGUGUCUUCCUCAAAGCCACAGUCUCUUGAUCCGGUCAGUGGUAAAGAGGGGUCUGCCUCUGGUGUUGGGGAAUCUGAGCAGCUCAAGGACCGUAAGAGUGGCGAAACUGGAUGUGAAGGUGACGCUACUUACCACACCAGCGCUCCACUUGAGGUCUUGCUCAAGGCUAUGGAAUCAGAUUUCAGCUCCCUGGCAGAAAGAAAUACACGUGUUCCAGUCACAUCUGUUGGAAAACCAAUUCAAACCCUUUCUGCCCAGUUUAUUAGUGAAUUGAAUGCUAUGCCAGCUGUACAUUUUGGACUCCAAACUCAGCCUGGCCAUAUGCAAACUUACUUUGUAAAUAAACAAGAGAGCUACACCACCAUGCAGGCCUCUACCCAGGCUACUGCCUUGCAGAAUUCACAGCAUGCUACACAGUAUUUCAGCAACCGGGAAAAGCCUGUUCUACAAAUGAGCUUCAGUACUGGGCCCUCCGCUGCCCGUACUCAUACACCUAUUCCAUCUGGCUCCAAUUCCUUACCCAAGAGCCAGCCACCGGUGGUCCACACAUGCCAGUCCCUAUCUGCCAGUGUCCCCAGUACCAUUCAAGUCCCUGUUACACCUGGUUACAACCCAGUCCAUAUGGCCACAGUUGUAAACUUUGGUCUUGAACAGAUGUGUAGCAUCUCCCCAAAGCACCAGAAGCCUAAGAAGCAGGGGAAGUAUGUGUGUGAAUACUGCAGUCGGGCAUGUGCAAAGCCUAGUGUGCUCCUCAAGCACAUCAGGUCCCACACAGGAGAACGUCCCUACCCAUGUGUUACAUGUGGCUUCUCAUUCAAGACCAAGAGCAAUCUGUACAAGCAUAAGAAAUCCCAUGCUCACGCAAUAAAACUGGGGCUUGUGGCACGUUCCGACUCUGGAAGUGGGUCCCUCUCCGUGGAGUCUGACAAAGCACCCGGAACACAUUCAGAUGUAGAGGAAAGCGGGGACAGUGACGAGGAAAGUAGCACAGCGGACCUGGACCCUGACUCGUCACAAGGCAGUGUUGCAGCGUUCUCUGAGAGCAGUUUGCAGAGUGCAGGCACAACACAAGGCAACCAUGGGGAUGCAGGGGACCUAUCGGCUGUUUUCGAAACGCUUAAACCAACGACGAGUCAGAGGAGCUACGAGUCCAAAGGGACAGCUGGCCUCCCGAAAGUAGUCGUCUAUCCUGUUAAUGUCUCGCCUCAGCGGGCGGACAGUCCAAGAGUCGCAGACUGUACCCCUGAGCAGGCUACUGCCCAAAAGCAAAGGGACUUUCAAACGGCACAUCUAAGAUCCAGCAUCACCGUCCUGUCGUCCGUGAAAGAGGUGGAUUGCACAAUCCCCCUGCAGGAUGCAAGAAGUGAGGAUGAGGAUCAACAGUGUAGGUCCCCACCAGGAGGCGGACAUGGUCAGCUUCAAAGGCAGCAGGCCACAGACUUUUCUCAGCAGCAGCAGCAGGGCAAGUGUCUGCUUAGUCCCCGCAGUUUAGGCAGCACAGACUCUGGGUAUUUCUCACGUUCUGAAAGCGCAGACCAGGCCAUGAGUCCCCCGAGUCCCUUUGUAAAGCUAACCCCACCAACAGACAUGGAUGUCACCAAAAAUGCACUUCCUAAUCUCCCUGCAGUGGUUGCCACUGUUAUGAAUGUGGCUUCCGUGGAGAAGCCACAUGUUGUGCAAGGGCAAAUGCGUCCACCAUUAGUAACAAAAGCACUCUCUCUUGAAGAGCGGAUCUCAAAGUUAAUAUCAGACAAUGAGGCAGUGGUUGAUGACAAACAGCUGGACAGUGUCAAACCAAGAAGGACUUCUCUUUCCAGGAGAGGUAGCAUAGACUCCCCCAAAUCUUAUAUAUUUAAAGACUCUUUUCAGUUUGACCUUAAACCAAUGGCGAGAAGGUCAAGUUCCAGCUCAGACAUACCCAAGUCCCCAUUCACCCCUACAGAAAACUCUAAGCCAGUAUUGCUAUUGUCUGUUCCUAAUCAGUAUCCACCGAUGGACUGUUUACCAAUAACAAGAAGUAAUUCUAUGCCCACAACUCCAGGGCACUCGGGUCUCCCACCAAACGUUACCCAACAACCCCACAUACUACGGAUCUGCCAGUCUUUUGAUGAAAAAAUGAGUUCCUUAAACGAUGAUGUGUUUUCAUCUGCUCCCUCUAACCCAAAUCCAGCAAUACAUUCUCGUACCCUUGUACGGCAAGUAGCAGUGGAACAUUUCUCCACAAGUGAGGUCCUUACCUCAGUCCGUUCCAUGGAUGAAGGUUACCAUGGUUCUAGCGUUUCCACUGUGACAAUGCAAAGGAGCAGGUCUUUUGAGCAUGCACAAGACCCAAACCGAAAGCCUCAGCAGAGCAAAGGCACAAUGUAUGAGUGUGAGACCUGUCGUAACCGGUACCGAAAACUAGAAAACUUUGAAAAUCACAAGAAAUUCUAUUGUUCAGAACUUCAUGGUCCGAAAAACAAGCUGAUGUCUGUCAGAGAGACUGAGCUGGAUGUUUUUCAGCGUGGCAUGCAGCAGCCAUUAGUCCCCAGAACAACAGGUAUUUCUGGCAUAAUGGACCAACAGCAAUCAAUUAGAAAAAGAAGGAAAAUGAAGAGUGUUGGUGACGAUGAUGACCAAUCACCAACUGACACCAAUCCCCCAUGCUCUGUUAGUUUUGAUUCUUGCCAACUAUCAACAGCCAGUUCAGGUCGGACAUUUUCUCAGCAAUCUAUCAUGGUUGAUCUACUCCCUAAAAGCAACCCACCGCAAAUACCUCAAAUACAGCUAAUAGCAGGAGUUACAGAUGCAACAGAAUCAAGACUGUCACCGAUCAGAGAAACCCAGGUUAACACCUCUGGUAAAGAAAGAGGCGACCUACAGAGGCAAGGCAGCGGUACAUCAGUUAUCAGACAUACCAACUCUCUAAGCAGGCCCAAUUCAUUUGAGAUCUCUGAAUCUAUUGACAGAGCCUCUCCAGUUGAUUUCCUGGACAAAGAUGGCCAUAGCACAGGAAAAACAAAGGCAGAUGCUACAGCCAAUCUUUCAUUAGAGAGCUAUCAUGAAAAGAUGUCCAUACCUAAAUGUGCCAACCAGGGAGUGAUGGAAAACCGUGUUGACCACACAUUAGCAGCAGUGGCUGAGAGCUGCGCUGCUGUCCAGCAGUCUCGCCUGGUUCGCCAAAACAACAUUCCUGAAAUCCUGGUCACAGAGGAACCUGAUCGGGAGCAUGACGGUCAUAGCACUGAGCAAGGGGAGAAGGCUGCAGAUACAUUCAACUGGCCCCAGAGGAGCGAGAGCCUGUCCAAGCUACCCACAGAGAAGCUUCCACCCAAGAAGAAGAGAAUCCGUCUGGCUCAGAUGGAGCACUCCUCUGGAGAAUCCAGCGUCGAGUCCUCAUUGUCUCGAAGCCUCAGCAGGGACAGUAGCCUGUCAAGAUGUUCCAGCGUAUCAGCCUCCUUCGACUGGGACGAGCCAUUCAGGUCCGAGAGCCCCUCCAGAGGAGAAUGUGCCAACAAAAUCUGUGAUCUUCAAGGGCUACCAAUAGCCUUCAACACCCUAGGGGUCCCUGGCAUGAUGAGACGUGCUGCCUCAGAACAGAUCAGUUGCACUCAACCCUCAGUGGAGAUAUCUUGCGACUAUCGCAGCAAGUCCUUCGACUGUGGCAGUGGGUCUCCCAGCAGGUCUCUGCCACCCAACAGGUCAAUGUCACCAAUGGAACUGCGAAAGAGUGCUCAAACCUCCUCGUCUCCGCAUGUACCUCUCAUUGAAAGGCGAAGGGGGCCACUGGUUCGCCAGAUGUCUUUAAAGAUUGGGCCGGAGAGUCAGCAACAUGUCGGGAAUCAUGCCAUCGCUGUCCAGAGGCUCCCCACUGUAAUCUCUAUAUCUCAGCAGAGGCCUCAACAGAUGCAACAGACUGCCAACAAUCCUCCCAUUGCCCAACCUUUUAUUUUGCAUUCUGGAGAAACUCUCCUGCAGCACAAUGAAAAAAUGGUGCAAAGCAUUAACCUGGGCAGCCAAAGUCAACUGCCUCAAGUUCAUGGUCUUCCGCACCCUUGGCACCUAACAUCGAGGGUUCAGACAUGCCAAAAUCGGCAGCAAUCUGCAGUUAAUGUCAUGAUCAGCCAAGAAGAUGCUCAGAGCAAGUCUGCUGACUGUCAAGACAAGAAAAGCUUUGUACCCAAGUACCAACUGUGGUGUCCUGCUCUGAGAUCAAGCAAAACAUACUCUUCCACACAGGGUACUCAGACAACCAUGCCCGUCUUAACAACACCCAUUGCCAAGCGGAUGCAAAGUGUGUCAAAGUCUUCAGAUGUUCUCCACAAUGUCUAUGUGGCACAACCGUGUCAUCAGAUUGUAGGGAAUAAGACACAGUCGAUAGUAUUGCCUUUAGGCCUACAAAACAUCCGACCUUCUCAAAACCAGCCAAGUGCUCCCCAAUUGCCACAGAUCCUGAUAACCCAUGAGCUGAUGCACCCUUCCCCCUCUGUGGCCAGUAAAGGCAGCCUCUACAACCUUCAUGUUGUAGAUACGGACACAAAGACUGUACCAGAUAUGAACAAGGACAGGCCUCCAGCAUCUGCUGGCCUUCAAGUAAAACACAGUUUAGUUUCCAAUACCCAGAACCAUUUUGGUGAAACUCAAAUAGCUCCCUCCCUGGGCUCCUUACACUGCACCCAGAAAAUGGCAGCUGUGACCCUCUGUCCACAACAGGAGCCCAUUGCCUCAAGCAAGAGAAUGCUCUCCCCUGCCAAUAGCUUGGACAUCGCCAUGGAAAAACAUCAGAAGCGAGCAAAGGAUGAACAUGGUGCGGCAUGCCUCACUGACGGCAGGUCCGUCAACUACCUGAACUCCAACAUGGCAGAGGUGACUAGGCAACGGAAGCUAAUGCUAGUCCGGCAGGUGUGUGCCACUGAAUCAGCAGACAGUCCCAUCGAAACUGUGGCUCCUCCACUGCAACACGAGAAACCAGAGGAUGAAAAUAAUGCCCAGCCUCCUAAUAACCGCGAGACUAUGACACCAGAAAGCGCCGGACAGGAUGAACCAUCUACUGUAGUUGCUCAAUUACAGCCAAGCUUUGCAUUAACCACCUCUCUAGGAAGUCACGUCUCCUCCGUGCCAGCGAACGCCUGCCUGAAGCCUCAAGACAAGAGCGAGGAACAGAAAUUGCCCCCUGCCAAGUGUCCCAUUAGACCCUGGACUUUCCAUGGACAGGUGAAACUGGCCUCAUCUGUAUCUGUGGUCAACACACGAGACAGCCACCGCCUGUCUUUCCCCAGCCUGAAAACGACCACCACCUUCACCUGGUGUUACCUGAUGAAGAGGAAGCCUCUGCAUGUUCCCCAGAUGGACCAGAAGAUCUCGGCCUACUCCACCUGGGCAGUGAGCCCCAACAACCCCCACCCACUGGGUCUGCCCACCAAGGUGGUGAUGUCUCUCUUCAACUCCAAGCAGAAUUCAAAGAAAAUACACUACACAGAGGCCAUAACGACAAGUAUGAAAUCAGACAUCUUGGCCUAUUCAAGCAAGCUGAAAGACGUCAUGCCGAAGGUCCUAAAGCAUCAGAAGUCUCUAACAACUGAGAAUAACAGCAAAGUGAAACCUGAGACUCAGGUGAGCAGUGAAUCAGACAAGGAUUCUUCCGCAUCCAAACUAGAGCCGCGGAGAGUCAAGAUAUUUGAUGGAGGAUUCAAAUCUAACGAAGAGUAUGUGUACGUGCGUGGGCGUGGUCGAGGUAAAUACAUCUGUGAGGAGUGUGGGAUCCGCUGCAAGAAGCCCAGCAUGCUCCGUAAACACAUCCGCACCCACUCUGACGUACGGCCCUAUCACUGCACCCACUGCAACUUCUCCUUCAAGACUAAAGGGAAUCUGACCAAGCAUAUGAAGUCCAAGGCACACAGUAAGAAGUGUAUGGAGAUGGGUGUGGAGGACCAGGAUACAGAAGACUCUGGAGACCGUAGCCAGGUGGGCAGUACAGACCGCCCAGAUUCAGACGGAGAGGACUCCGAAGGUGCUGAUGAUGACAACGAAGAUGAUAAUGAGGAAGAGGAGGAUGACAGCCAGGCUGAGUCGGGCCUGUCCACCAACCCCUCGGUCUCAGCCAGCCCCCAGCACAUCCCCUCCUCCCUCCAGGCUGAGCUCCCUCCCAGCUCCCUUCUGGCCCAGUUGUCCAUCCACCACCACCCAGCUGCCCUGUCACACCCCCAGCCCCCUUACUCCGACUGCCACACCCACGAUGCCUCAGAUACAGAAUCCGUGCCCAUGCUGAGCCCCGUCUCCCUGGUCAAACAGAUGUCAAUCUCCGGAGGCUGCUCCAGCCCCUUGCCCUACUCCCCGCCCCCCCACACAUCUGGCACAGAGUCGGUGCCCAUGAUGAGCCCUGUCUCGCCGUGCAGGCAGAUGUCCAUCGAUUACCCUGACUUUGACGUGCCCCCUUGUCCCCCCGCACAGGGCAAGAGCUGCUCCAAGCUCGGCCAGGAUGGCACUUUGGCCCUGUCAGUGAGUGACCCAGGUGUCCCUGUCGGGACAGAUGUCAGCACUCAGACCUCCUCCUAUAGCCUCCAGACAUCCUCCUACAGCCCCUUGCACUUUCCUUCCCAGCGCCCGACCCAAGGACCAGGGGCCACACAGGGGACCAACACCCACCUCUUCAGCCACUUGCCUCUGCACUCCCAGCAGCCCUCACACUCCCCCUACAGCAUGGUCCCCGUGAGGGGCAUCCAGCUGGUUCCCGCUAGCCUGGCAGCCUAUUCCACCUUCGUGCCCAUCCAGGCUGGCCCUGUCCAGCUCACCAUCCCCGCCUUGAGCGUCAUCCACCGGAACACCAGCCCCCUCCCAUUCCCCAACACCUCUAACUCCCCUGAGCCCGAUGGUAUGGUUAGUCCCUCAUCCCCCGUCAACCAGCCUCUGGUGGUCCAGGAGCCAAUCAGUAGUAUCAUGCCCUACUUCCCCCUUGGGCAGGUGGCUGGGCUGGGGCAGGUGACUGGGCUGGGGCAGGUGACUGGGCUGGGGCAGGUGACUGGGCUGGGACAGGUGACUGGGCUGGGGCAGGUGACUGGGCUGGGGCAGGUGGCUGGUCUACCGGCCCUCAGGGCCUCCCACCACACGCUGCAGUCCAUGGGUCUGGAGACUCUGACCCUGACCAGCUCAGAAGGCCUGACCUCCACCCAGCUGCUAUCCCAACAUGGCCUGUCGCUCAAUGCCACCUUGGGCCUGCAGGUCCUGGCUCACACCUCCACCUCCCAGAGCAGGACAGUCCCCCACCACCACACCCACAUCCCUGGCCUGCAGAUCCUCAACAUCGCCGUUCCCACCCUCAUCCCCUCCCUCAGCCCCCUCUCCGGCCUCAGUCCCCUCGCCGGACCCUUUGAGAGGCAGGGCAGCCCCGAUGCCCCAGCAGCCCCACCGACCCCACAGCCCUCCUCUCAGACUGAAACCGAACCCUCAGUCAGCUGUCUGUCUGCUGCUUCCCCUCCCCCCGCCACCCUGAGGGGAAGUCUCGCCCAGGAAUUGGCAUCAUCAUGCAGCAGAUCCAGCAGAUCAGGAUCGGGGGGUUCCGGAGGUUCCAGAGGCUCCGAUGACACACAGACUUCAGAAAAGAAAGAGAGGGUAACAACAUCGCUAGAACAGCCCGCUCCAGCCUCAGCUCCAUCCCCAGCUCCAUCCCCAGCUCCAGCUCUAGCUCUAGCUCCAGCCCCAGCCCCUGACAGGGGCCUGGAGGGGGAUAAGAAUCCUCCAGCAGAAGGAGCCAGUGAGCCUGUCACGCCUCGGAGGCAGUCGAUGCUCUCACGACAGCAGGAAACGGAAAACUACAAUGAUGACUCAGCAUCCAGCGAUGAUGAGGACAGACUGGUCAUCGCCACCUGAAACCCCCAAACCGAAUAGCCUAGUUAAAACCAGCCUGAAUGCUGAGUUUACAAUGGCGAUCGCAACGUUAAAUCUGGUUACCCAGGCUACUUAUCAAUGUUCUUAUUUUGUAAUGGUUGUCACUUUCUAAGACUGAAAACACUUCAGGGUGGGUUUGUUUCUCUGCAAAUCACCAUUCAAAGCACAGUUUCUGACAUUCAUAUUGUUAUGUGCAAUCAACAGAUGCUUAUGUUAAUGAUCUUUUAACAUCUUUGUCAGCUCCAGACAAUUUUUUUGUUGUUGUACAUGCUGUAUAGACAAUUGUGCCUUUUUCGUAGUUGCUUGUUUUAGGAACCUGUAAAUAAUACCUUACAAAUUCAGUAGUUGCUUGUGUUUUAUUUCAAUGAAAUGGAACUAAAUGGAAGAAAAUGUACCUUACCGGUUUUAUUUUGGAAAGUUUUAAUGUCAAUUGUAAAUUUAUGAGAAAAAAAAAAUGAAAUGUGUUAUACUUGGACAUUUCUAUGGAUUUGGGGCGUUGUUUCAGUGUACAGACGUUGUGUUCAACUAUUUAUUACAGUCUAUUCCAUGUAGUGCCCAUGAUGGUUCAUGUCCAUAGGUAUGUGUAAUAUGGUAGCUUUUCAUUGCAGUAUCACUGUUAUUAUCAACUGUAUCAGUAAAACUUUGUUUACAAACA